GGCGCCAGAACUUUUAAAUCACAACUCAGUGCUAAAAUUAGUAAAAUAUUAAAAAUAUCAGAUCCUGCAAGUUAAAAUGGAUCACAAUCCUAAUGUUAUUAAUAAACUCUCAUCACACAUAUCAAAGGACGAACAGUUUCCCAAUUGCUUGUAUUUAUUUGGACACAAAUCAACAGGAAAAUCGGUUUGUUUACAAAAGUUUUUAAAAGAUUCAGAAGAUUGGUUGUGCUCUGUUGUAAUUCAAGCAGCUGUUUGUUACAAAAGUCAAAUAUUAUACGAAACUGUAAUUAAUAAAUUUUUCAACCAUAAAUUAUCAAGAGACAACAACUACGAAUCGUAUGCUAAAAUUGACACUGUCGAGAAUUUUCUUAAAUACUUGAAUGCGUUGGAUCCAGCGAAAUCUUUUCUUAUAGCUAUCGAAAAUGCUGAAAGACUACGUGAUAUGGAAUUCAAUAUUCUACCCAUUCUCACGAAACUUCAAGAGUUCACUGGAUUGAACAUUUCUUGUGUUCUUGUUUCUCACAUCGCGUUCUCAAAAUUUGAUCUUUCACCGAUGAUCAAAAUUCACGUUCCUGAUUUCUCUAAAGCUGAUCUCAUUGCGAUAUUUUCAAAUGACUAUGAAUCACUACAAGAAGAAAUCAUCGCUGACAUUCAUAAAAGUCUUUUUAAUGAAAUAGAACAAAACCAACAACUUGAAAUUGUCAAAUCAUUGGAUCAGGAAUUUUACAAAAAUUAUCUCAGCAUCUUCUUGAACGUCUUUUACAAAGUUACGAGAGAUCUAUCAGAACUUCAACUAUUAGCCAACAAAUGUUACAAAUCUUAUUACGCCCCUGUUCUUAGGAGAGAGAUUAAAGUAAAUGAUGUCACUAAUUUAUGGAGAAACAUCACAAAACUUCUUAAAACAACACUCAACAGCAGUUCACUUAGGAUACAAAAUUUAUCAGCAUCUGAAUUUGAUGGAAAGCAAGUUAAUGAAGAUUCAUCUGGAGAGCGUAAAAAAAAUCUUCGCACAUUUGCUCAAACAUUGGAACUUCCAUUUUUUGCUAAAUAUUUACUCAUAGCGAGCUUUUUAGCCAGUCACAACGAUGCGAAGUUCGAUAAGCGAUUGUUCAUGAAGCAUCAUGGUAAAGAACGGAAAAGGCAACAAAAAGCAAAGGUUUCAGAAAAGCUCAACAUACAAUUUGGUCCGAAAUCCUUCACAAUUGAUCGUCUUCUUGCAAUCUUUUACGCAAUUCUCGAUGAGAAAGUUGGAUUGACUUGUAACCUUUUAGCGCAAAUUUCAACACUUGUUGACUUAAACUUUCUGACAUUUUCAUCUGGUGAGAACAACAUCAUGGAAGGAACUGCCAAACUUCAAUCCACCAUUGGGUUGGAUUUUGCAAUCAACAUUGGAAGAGUUGUUGGGUUUAAUGUUCGACAAUAUUUAACAGAUUUUCAUUAACAAUUAAAUAAUUAAAUUAAAUAAAAAUUCAAGUUUUUUGGUUCUUUUAUC